AUCUCGCCGACCUCAAUCUCUGACUGCCACGCUGCGCUCCCAUCUCACUGCCCCUCUUCUCGUCUGCUAACCCUAGGUGCGGCGAUUCGCGCUGCGUGCCACGACGUGCCCCUAUCUCGUCGCCCUGGUCCUCGUCGCUACCCUAGGCUUCGCGAUCUGUGCCGCAUCCCCCAUCUCGCCGCCCCUAUUGUCUGGUAACCCUAGCCGCACCGCCUGGUCCCCCUCGCACUGCCUGCUUUCCUCCCUGUUCUCAUUUUCUCUAUCCUUGUCGCAUCUCCGAUCGAUUCAUGCUCCAGAUGCUUGGAAUCUGGUGUUCUGCAGCUCUGACUCUUCUCAGACAUGUGGUGUCUUGAUCCUAAAACGUGGGUAUGGAAUAAGGUCAAGAAGACUGGGAUGCCUCCUGGACCUCGUGCUGGUUUCUCUAUGGCAGUCCAUAAGAAGAGAGCAUUGCUCUUUGGAGGAGUGGUUGAUAUGGAAAUGGAAGGUGAUGUAAUGAUGAGCUUGUUCUUGAAUGAGAUUUAUGGCUUCCAACUUGACAACCAUCGCUGGUAUCCAUUGGAGUUGCGGAAGGAGAAGGCAACAAAACAUAAGUUAAAGAAGGAUUCUGAUGAGAGGGUCAGCGAUGUAGAUCUUCAGAACAAUAUGAAAGUGGCAGAAAGGCAAAGUUCAUCACUUAGUGUCGGUGAAGAUGGUAAGAUAUUCAUCACACUACAGUCAUUUGUAGAAAGUGGUUGGCGUGGAGAUGUUUGGAGCUUCAAUGUGUGUGGCUAUAUACUUUGUAUUCUUUAAAUUUUAGUUAUUGGUUGUGGAAUCGGUUCAAGUAUCCAGUUGGGAGUGAAAAUUGCCUAAGAGCCUUUGCAUUUUAAAGUUGAGAAUUGUUUACUUUCAUACCAUUGUUGCAUAUAUUGCUAAAGAUAGAGCUAAAUUAAGUGAAUUUCAAUUAGCUUAUUUAGCUUGCUGCAUCAGUUCGACGUUCAUUUGCAUUACUGCUAUUACUGAUAAAAGGUACUCUUAUUGAAGCUGAUUCUAUGGAGGGAAAUGUUGAGGCUGUGACGCUUCUGUUGUAGUUUCUUUCCAGGAUUUCAUUCCAGGAAGUUUCGUUUCACCUCUUUAGUUGUAGUUUAUUUCAAUUUUUCUUGAUUUUGCAGCCUUUUCAUUUCAUUAGUAUCUGCUUUUGGUAUAAAUCUUCCCUUCAAUUAUAUUCAGUAUUGGGAUUGAUUGAAUUGCUUUUCAUAAGUGCAGUCAUUUAUCUUUUCAGGUUAAUGCUUACUCAAAGAACUAUUUUGUUGGGUUAAGCCCGCUGUCCAUUGCAGCAAAAUAUGGUGAAAGAUUUAUUGCAUCUUUGCUUGAAGAGUAGAUCCAAAUUUAUUGCAUCUUUGCUUGAAGAGUGGAUAAUCAAAAUCUAGGCAAACUCGUUGAAUGUGCCCAGUUUGUGGUGGAUUAAAUGAGUCGUACGUUGAGCUGAAGAGGCUUGUGAAUUCACAAGAAAAGUUGUACCAUAUGGCUAGCUAGUUGCAUAUUUAAUAUGUUUAGUAUUUUUGUAAGGCAUAAUAGUAUAGAUAGAGCAGUUGUUGAAUUUUGACUAUAUUCAAAUCUUGUAUGAAUUCUUUUUUAUGAUAAUAAUAUAAAAUUAAAUA